AUGUCUCUAGAACCAUUUAUAAAUUUACUAGUUCAAAUAAAAAAUAAUUUUACUAAGAGCCAUGUACUUUCAAUAAGAGUAAUUAAUAAAUUAAAAGAAUUUGGAUGGGUUGACAUCAAUCCUUUAGAAAAUGAGGAUGUAUCAAGUGCAUAUAAGAGAUUAAAAAUGUCUUCAAGGUCCUGCAACAAAAUUUUAAACAUAAUUGGUAACAACAUUAAUAACAUAAUUUUGGAGCCAGAUGAUCCGUUGUUAUCUGCAACAACAUUAAACAAUUACAAGCUUUCAGAGUCUUUAAAAAUGCUAAUUAAGGAAAAUUACAAUGGAACAUAUUUUGAUUCUUCACUUUUUAAAAAAAUAUGGGCAAAUAAUGAAUAUAAGAAAAGAUCAAAACAUAUUAAUGAAUUAACAUUUUCCCAUGAUUUCAUGGAAAGUUAUAUGGAUUUUUUGAUAGAUGAUAAUGGUGGAGAUCAAGAGAUUGAAGAUCCAUUGUCUGAAUUUACGACCGAGGAAAUAAAAGAAACGAUAGAUAAAUAUGUAACGACUGUUGCGGGGCUUAAACGAUCAAUCACAUUGUACAGAGAAAUUAUAUAUAAAGUUGCAUCUGACCCUGAUAUUUUGGAGUUUGCUCCACAUAUGAUAGCUUAUCAAUUGACAUUAAUUGAUUCUGCUAUUUUUCUAGAAAUUGAUCCUCAUUCACUGUUAGCUCAUUCCACAAAAAAUCCUGAUCCAAAAAUAAUAGCAUCCACGGAUUUUUUUAAUUAUUUAACACGUAUUGUAGAAUGUUCUAUUUUGUCACCGGUUGAAGCCUCUUCCAGAGCAUUGGUUAUACAUCAUUGGGUUAAAGUGGCGGCUAAAUUACACGAAUUGCAUAAUUUUCAAACUUUAAAGGCUAUCCUUUCAGCUUUAGGUACGCCACCAAUAAAAAGAUUGAAGAGGACAUGGACAUGUAUCCCAAAAAAAAGUAUGGUGAAAUUAGAUUCGUUAAAUGAAAUGAUGAGUGAGUCUAGUAAUUAUGAAAAAUAUCGAGAGACAAUACAACCUGAAAUAUUUUCAAGAAAACCUAUUGUACCAUUUUUGGGAACAUUCAUAAUGGAUGCAACAUAUUUAUCAGCAGCUAUAAGAAACUCAGCGUCAUCAUCCAUCAAUUCACCAUUGAUUUCACUUUCCAUGACUAGCACCACCACCAACAGCGAUGAUUCUGAUAGUGGUAAUGGUAAUAAAAAUAACAACAUUACAGGUAAUAGUUGUUUUACACAUCCUAUAUCACGAUCAAUGUCAUUACCCUCUUCACCCGAAAAAAUUCUUACUUUACAAGAUGAUUCACGAGUUCAAGAAUUACUGCAUACAAUGUUUCGAUAUCAAAAUGGACCAAAAUAUCAACCAAUCCCGCCAAUGUCGUAUAUAAAAGCGUCAACAAAACAUCAUUUUCGAGCGACAAGUCUUGGGGCUGCUUUACAUCGUGGAAGUGUGAUUAGAUAUCACAAUAGAAAUGAUGACGAUAAUGAGAUUAUCAAGGAAAAACAACAAAUUAUAACGCAUUAUCUAUUGACUCGGACAUGGAUUCCAGAAAAAAGUGUUGAUGAAUUAAGUUUGCAGCGCGAACCGCAUAAACAAAAAAGUAGCCAAGAUGCUACUGUUUGA